AUUGCAGUUAUCUAUGAAAUUACUUAAUCCAGGAUAUUCCCAAAAAAAAUACAUUUAAUAUUUGGACUAUUGUGUUUUCUUCACCAUUUCAUUAAAAUGUAACCAUGGCAACACGAAGUUUGUUUGACAACUGUUAAAUAGGCUGUUUUUAAUUUGAUGAAAAAAUAUUGUUUUGAAAUUACUUCGCUGCCAUUGGUUAGAAACGUAUAUUAUUCAAAGAAAGCGUUUGUUAUUGGUUCAAUAUAAACAUAUUUUGUGGCUAUGCAGCUAUACCGAAAUUGAGAAAAGUUUUCACUAUUUUCAAAUUCAUACUAUUCGAGUACCGAUUAUUCUGCCAAUAUUUACAAAUAAAGUCGAAAAUCACAUAUUAGUUUAAAUAGAUUCAUAUUUCUGCGUUAACAACAUACCUUAGUAUAAAUUGCAGUAAAUGUUCUUCACCAGACUGGUUAAAAUACCUAUUACCUGACGUAAUCGUGCAUGACAACAUCUGGUACAUUACGAUGCGAUUCCGUCGGCGUUUAAUGAAAUUAAAUUUCCCCCGUCAUACGGUUCAAAAUUUGUGAUUUAUUACAUUAGAUAGACUGAAAAAGUGCCGUGCAACUUCCUACGAGAUGUUAGUGAUUGGAUAUUGAUGAGUUAUCAGCUUUUUGGGGUACAUCAGGAGUCCAGGGGCCGCUGGUCGUAGUCCAGUAAAUUAAGGAUGAACGACCCGUGGGACGUGAAGUGCGUGCGACAGGCCGGCCAGUACGUGUCCUGCAUGAAACUGAACGGGGUGCCGCUCCUUCCGCCCGUGUUAUCAAAGGAAUGCCGCAAAGAAAUGCAGUACUACAAGCUCCUUGCCAAAGAAGUGGAAAAGCGUAUAUCAAUACUUCAGCCUUACGUAAUUGAUACAGACUCUGAGUCUGAAGAUAAGACUGAUGCUCCUGAACUACCUGAAUGUGAACAAAGCUUUGAACUACCCCAAGAAGAAGUAAAAGCUGGAUUCAAUGUUAGCAUAGAGAAAAUUAAUGCAAUCACUUCAGCUAAAAAUAUAGACAAACUUUUAUCACCAAUACCUUGUAACAAUGUGACCAAGAUAGGUGGGGCUUCAAUAGAAACAUCAAGUUCCAAUUCCCCCAAACUCAUUAUAGAUCUCAAUUUCAAUAUCAAUGAAAAUGGGAAUAAUGUUCUUGAGGCUGUGAAAGAUCCACCACACUCACCUCCCCUAAUAGAUCUCCCCGAAAGAGACUAUAACUGCACAAGAAGAAUUACUCAGAAAGUCAUUACAGAACAAGAAGUAAUUACUGAGGUAGGAACUCAAAGAAACAAUAAACAACAAAAGUCUAUGGUUGAGGAGGUGGCUAAGUUCAACUUUAAUUUAAAUAAAGAAGCUUUAAUUGAUCCUUUUAGUGAUUUGACAAUAUCUCAAGAUGGCCCAUCGUCUCUCAGUUCCAAAAGUUUUACAGGAUCCUUAAAUGAUUUGCAUAGGGAAAGCAUUAAGGACCCGUCUCCGAAAUUAGUCCGCCAACAUUCUUACACUCUUUUACAUCCAAGUCCUCAGCUCUUAGCCCAUCUAGAGGUGCAAUCGAUGAAUACAGGUAUUGAGAUGACCUCUAUAUCAAUGAGCGAAUCUGUUUCCAACUUAAACUCUCCAAACAAGAAGCGUAGGAGUUGGGACCUGGAGUCAGCUAAAGUGAAAUGGUCGUCGAUGGCGCUGGAACUGAAGAAGACUAAUGUCGUACAUAAUCUUAAUAGAAAUGCAUCUAACAAAACCAUCGUAAAACAGACCAUUAAAAAAUCUCCUCAGCGCUCACCACCGUCACGGGCAAAGACGGUUAGUCCAGAAAAAAGACGUCCCUCUAAAGCAAUGAAAUGUAAUAAUACACCCAAGUCAGAUAAUCUGCCCAAGCCUUUGUUGAAAUCCAGCAGUCCCGUUAGAAAUAGUGCGACUUUUGUGAAAGAACCAGGUUCACCUAAAUUAAAUGCAAUCCUAGACUUCGAUAAGACACAAUCCCAAGCAUCCACACCUCCUUCACUAGAAGAAUCCGAUGACCCGGCGGUUCGUGUUAGGGAACUCUACGAAAAGAUACAAAAUCAACAAUUAUUACAAAUGGCGAAUUUAGUGGAAAAGCAGAAAAAAGAACAGUUACUGCUUCAGCAAGUCUUUGAAGAACAGAAUAAAUUACUUUUCAAACAACUGAAGACCAUAGUCCCGAAGUCUCCUAUAGAGGCAAAAGAGGCUUGGAGCGACAAACAUGUCCAAGGUGACAGAGGCCCGGUCAGUCUGAGUCAGCUCAUCAAUUACAAGUCACCUGAACCUAGUCUUAGUAGUCCUGUUACUUCCACGUUAACAGAAACUAACCAUUACAUAAACCAUUGCGACAAUGUGCUGAAGAAAAGCAGAGAUAUUACGGGAAGUAUCAAGAAGCAACCGAUCAAAUCACGUAGCCAGAAUGGCAGCAAGAUUAUGUCUCCGAAACCACAACCAGACAGUAGAAAUCGAACUAGCUCCCCGACUCAGAGACAUACCCCUACAUCCCGUAAAUUGAACUAUGACACGAGUGUGUCAUCGGACCGAGACUAUGAGCCGAUGUUAACCGACCGAACGAACGACACGAUGGCAGACUUGAACGUUACCUUUCCUUCCGAUAACGAUGACUUUACUUACCACGGCACAAAUUUUUUGAACCAAGUUAAAGUUAGCCAUGGACCUUCACUGACUUCUACAGCAAAUUCAAACAGAGCCACCGAUAAUGCCAUCCGUAACAUGGAGAGAACCAUAUACAACUCAAUGAACAGCAGCAACAAGCGUAUGUCGAAGGAUAAAUUUGACAUCCAGGGAACACCAGAACAGCAUGCAGCUGCAACCAAAAUAGUGGCCGUAGCCAAGGGUUACCUGGUCCGUCGCCUGAUGCGCACGGACCGAGUACAGUCGACCGUGCAGACCAUCAAGGAUGCUCUGCUGUGCGCCUUGCAGCUGCAUCAGGACCGCGAGGGUAUCCGGGGCGCUGACGUAGACCUCCACCGCCGACUUAUUCAGCAGAUAACAGCGGCAUGCUACUCCUUGCACGAUACCUUCGUGGCCAGUACUGCCUCUGAGCGUUGCGCAAUGAUCGCUGCAGACAGAGGGCGCCGGCGUUCUCUCGCCGCUCGGCAAGCUAGCACUUCAUUCAAACAAACGGACGUAAUGUCACAAAGCCACUCCGGGGUGUUUCCCGCGCGCACCAAACGACCAACCGCAGUGUCGCCGAUGACGCAGUCUAACUAUGAGACUUUUAGCGAGGAGAAGCGGUCCGGAGUGUCGGUGUCCCGGCACAUGGCCAGCCCACACCGGCGCCCCUGGCGCUGACCCUCGCCCACGCCGCCGCCCAGCUGCCUGCCGCGCUUCUUUGCUCACUGCUGGGCGCAGCGCCGCGGCGUCAACCUAUAAACUUUGAAAACAAAAUUAUCUGCAGCUUCGCCCUAAAGAGCGGUUUUGUAAAUUAGUUUUUUUUAUCUUUUUUUUAUGUAUUUAUUGUAUUUUAGACGCCAUUUUCUGGUGAAUUGAGUAAAAUAAAAUUUUAUAUUCAUUGUAUUUUUUGUAAACUAUAACUAACUUUUAGCCACAAAAAAUAUAAUUUCGUAUUUAUUAUGGCAUGAGCAGAAAUAGAAAUAUGCCGAAAUUAUUUAUUAUGCUUGUGCUUGGAAAUAUUGAAAUAAAAAUUAAGUACAUGUAUUUAAUUUCGAUAAAAAAGUCGAGCUUCUCCUGUACUCCGCCUAUGCGCUCUCUUUUAUACACUACGACUAAUUAAGCGAACUAAAGUGCAUUUAAAAUUGUAUUUCAAUUAUAAAUUAAAAUUAAGGAAAUGUUGGAUCCUUCACAUAGGAUCCUAUGAGAAACAUUCUCAUUAAUUUUGAACAAAUAUAACUAGGUCAAAUGUAAUUUGUAACAAAAUUAUUUAUUAUUAGCUAUUAAGUGAUAAAUUAUGGUUGUAACUGUUCGGUUUUUGCUUCCAAAGAAAAGUGCCUGUUCACGCAUCUAUGUAAACUAAAAAUAAUAAUUUCAUUAUUCAAUAUUUGUAUAUUUGUAUAAGUCCAGAAUGACAUUGUAGGACAUAUGUUUUGUAUAUAAAAACAGAUCUUGUAUCAUCUUAUAUCUCACACUAUAUGAAUACAGCUGAUCACCACUACCAUUACAAGUAAUAGAUUGUCAACUUUCAAAAUAUACAAGUCGUUUUCAGUGAAAUAUGUAGGUACAUUAAUGAUAUUAAUAUUUAAUUCACCGUCUCUAAAGCGGCACCGUCUCUAAACCAUAGAGAUGGAUGAAUCUGUUAAAAUUACUUUCCUUUUAUUAAAUUUAUGGUAAGAAAAGUAAUUUAUGUGAGAAUUAAAAAAAAAUGUAAGAGGCCUUUUGAAUGUCGUGGCGAUAAAUCCAAAAAAUAUCAUAAGUUUUAUAAUAUCUUUAGAUCUAUGAACUUACACUUGGUGUAAUAUAAAUGCUAGUUUUAUGUAAUCGACACGCUUUACAUUGUUUACAUUAGCCGUACACGAAUUAAAAUCGCCAUAGCAUCAGAUUGUAAUGAUAUAUUUGUAGUACUCACAUUAACUUUGAAAUAAAUUAAUAUUUGCACUGUAUGUCAUGGCUAAUGUAAAUAGGUACACUUUACGAUAUAAAAGAAAUUUAAAUUUAAGUCGCCUUAAUAUUUAGAUAGGUUUUACAUAGAACUUGUGAAUACUAUCCUAUCAACAAUGUCUUACAUAUAACUAUAUUCAUAAUUCCGUUUUAUAUUAUGUUACAAAGAUCCAUAACACUACAUAAUGCCAAAUUAUUACUUGUAAAAGUGCUUCCAAAUGAAAUAACUUUUUCAGUGAUUUUGUAGACAUUUACUUAAAUAUCAUGUUUAGACAAAAAAACCUAGAUCUGUUGUCAUCUUUGUACCAUUAUAUAAAUGUUUUUAUCUUUAUUUGAAUAAAAUAUCUGCACUAUACCGCUAAGGAAUUGUUUCGCUGUUUCCCAACUGUUGAUAUAUUACAUACUAGUUAUAACAUUACCAGAUAUUCUACUGUACCUUUGAUUCAGGUGGUAUGUCAGUGCUAACUCGACACUCUCUAGUCAGAACUCACAGAUCUCGUUAUUAACUUGCCUUCUUUUCAAAUCCUGUUACUAACUACAUUUUACCAAGUUAUUCAUACGGUCUUUGAACCCCCACACAUUAUUUAACGGAGUCUUCGUUUUGCAGUAUGUUUAUAAAGCGCAUAAUCUCGAGACAAAAAAUCGUGUUUGCCCUUUCUAAUUCAUUCGCUUGAAAUGAAAUACGUGAAUGGAAGUCUUUAAAAAUUAAGUCACAAAUAUUUCCAAAGUUGUUUUACGUAACAUAGUGAUAUUGUAUUGUAUUUUCGUGCAUACAUUUUUACGCAAUAAACAUACAAAAAUUUAA